CCUCAUCGAAUUUCUCUCUCUAAUCACUCCGACGUUAACCAGAUCCGACGACGACGAAGAAGAAGAAGAAGAAGACGACCCAGAAGCAAGACCUUCCUGCAGACGAGAUUCCCGGGAAAACCAGAGAACUUUCCAUCACUUUCCGGGGGAGAAAAUGUCGGCCGGAAUCGGGAAAUGCAGCAAGAUCCGCCACAUCGUGAGGCUGCGGCAGAUGCUGCGGCGGUGGCGGAGCAAGGCGCGGGCGUCCUCCGCAGCCACCGCCAUCGGAGGGGGGGCCCGCGUCCCGUCCGAUGUGCCGGCGGGUCACGUGGUAGUGUGCGUGGGGGAGGGGUGCCGGCGGUUCGUGGUGCGGGCGACGCACCUGAACCACCCCAUCUUCCGGAAGCUCCUCGUCCAGGCGGAGGAGGAGUACGGGUUCGCCAACCACGGGCCCCUCACCAUCCCCUGCGACGAGUCCUUCUUCGAGGAGGUCCUCCGCUUCGUCUCCCGGCCCGACUGCCACGCCCGGUCCGCCAACCUCGAGGACUUCCAGCGGCACUACUGCCACGCCGGCCGCCUCGACUUCUGGCCCGAGUCCCGGCCGCUGCUCCACGGGCUCGCCGAGAAGACCAUCUGGUGAAUCCCCCGCUAGGGACAUACAAAGCGUUUACGAGGGACCGAUGCCACGAACGAUCGCCUCGUCGUCGUCUCGGCGCUCAUGCAGGGACGACGGGCGAUCGCAGGUCGCGUAUGAUAUCGCAAAUCGGUUCGAGUAAACACGACUUGUAUGCCGAGCAUUCCUCGAGCUCUGGUGCUCGGAAAUGGCGGCGAAGCGGAAUGCGGCAGCUCCGGCCCGGGUUCGACUUGGUCCGAGCAAGGAUAUCCCCGCUCCGGUUUGGAACACGAGUUGACCGAGUAAAGGUGGCUGAGGUUGGGGGUUUACACUUUUUUUUUUUCUCUAAGAAACUUUGAUAUUUUUUUUCUCUUUUAUUUCCCCUUAAUUUUGGGGGAAUAAUUGUAAUGUGAUUAUAUUCGGGUCGAGAUCGAGAGAGGGGGGUCGGAUGCGAAAGAGUUGCUCCGGAUGAGAAUUCCUAAUGGAGAUGGCAAAGAAACGAGUGGAGAUAGACCGCGUCCCACCUAGUCGUCCCGAGUUCGCACCGGAGCGGAGGCAAUGUCCGGCGAGGCACGAUAGAAGCUGCAAUUCGAGCUGAAUCAAGCGAAGAUGAGGUCCGAGAAGCUAUUGAUAUGGAUCUUUUGUCUUUAAUUUUGUAAAUUAUGCAAUUUAUUGAUUGAUUAAUGGGAAAUUUGGGAAAUUUUCGGAGUGAA